AGCCGCCACGAGAUGGCUCACAGUAGUACCGGGACCAGGGGUACUAUCGUGGUUUCUACAAUUCAUAAGAUCACAAUGACGUGUUUGCUUCCGACAUCCGCGAAUUUUCGUUGCUUUAUUAUAAAACCUUCAGUUAAAAGGUUAAUGUGUCGGCAUAUCUUUUCUUCGUUCUUUUCACUAUAUAUUUCUUUAUUUAUCAAAACACCUUUUUCUGCUGUAACAAAAAUAUAGUCUAUUUUAAAAAGUCCUCGAUAAGAAGAAGAACACUCUUAUUCAUGAAUGUGCUUCUUUCUUUCUCACUCUCUCAUCUUCUUACCUUUUGAAGAUUUCAACAUUUGAAAGUCGAGUUUCUGAAUCCAAAUCUCUGACAAUGGAAGCAAACCAGUUAUAUGGUUUGUAUCUACUUUUUGUUCUGUUACUGUCAGUGAGUUCGCCAGUGACAUCGGACGAGGUUGUUUCUUGUACAAUGUGUUCUUCCUGCGACAAUCCCUGUAAUCCCGUCCAAUCAUAUCCUCCUCCUCCGCCUCCUUCUCGUCCACCACCGUCACCAUCAACAACCACCGCAUGUCCUCCGCCUCCUUCUCCUCCGAGCUCCGGCGGCGGUGGUGGCAGCUCUUACUAUUACCCUCCUCCCUCUCAGUCCGGUGGCGGAAAAUACCCUCCUCCAUACGGUGACGGUGGUCAAGGCUAUUACUACCCUCCGCCGUAUUCAGGCAACUAUCCUACGCCGCCUCCGCCGAACCCUAUCGUCCCUUACUUCCCGUUUUACUAUCAUACGCCACCACCAGGUUCUGGUUCAUAUCGGUUUAUGAAUUCUUAUACUAUUAUGUUUGCUCUUUUCGCCAUCUUCCUCUGUUUAGUGUGACGAAAAAUACGUCGGAGUUCGCCGGGAAAUUACGAAGAAACAUCACAAUAAUGUGGCAGAUCGGUAGAUCUACAAUAGUCUUUGAAGGCCUUAGAUAUCUUUGAUCAUGGAAACUAGAUGUUGGAUCAAAUGAUUAUCUUUUACUUUCUGAUCUGUCAAACUUUUUUUCUUUUCUUGACAAUUUGUAUUUACAUUUUUCUCUUGUUAAUUAACAUUUUAAUUACUCGCUAUUCAGAAAUACAAUAAAUAAAUGUUACUUUCUAUC